AUGUGUCCAUAUUUUUUUCUUCUUUAUCUACAUUUACAUUCAAAUUCCUCUCCUUAUCCAGACCACAAUUCUAGAAAUUGGCUGUCAAGCGUUGUGAAGACAGAUAUGGAAGAUAAAUAUCUUUUUCCCCCCCGCCUUUCUCUUUUCGAUUUGUCCUUUCUUUUACUUUUCUUUAUUCACCAUUUCUUUUUCAUCUUUCUGUUUCUUUUUCUUUAUUCUUUUUUCUUUUUCUUUCUCUGCUUGCUUUUUUUCCCCUUCUUUUUCUUUUUCCUUCUCUUUCCCCUUUUCUUUUUCCUCAUCUUUCCCUUUUACUUUUUCCUCAUCUUUUCUUUUUCCUCAUCUUUUCUUUUUCCUCAUCUUUUCUUUUUUCUCCCCUUUUCUUUUUUUCCUUUUCUUUUCUUUUUUCCAUUUUUUUUUUUUUCCCCUUUUCCUCCCCCUUUUUUUCCUCUUCUUUUUUCCUCCCUUUUUUUCAUCCCCUUUUCUUUUUCAUCCCCUUUUCUUUUUCAUCCUCUUUUCUUUUUGCUCCUCUUUUCCUUUUUCACCUCUGUUCCCUUUUCUUUUUCUUCCUCUUUCCCCUUUUCUUUUUUCUCCUCUUUUCUUUUUUCUCCUCUUUUCUUUUUUCUCCCCUUUUCUUUUUCCUCUUCUUUUCUUUUUCCUCUUUUCUUUUUCCUCUUCUUUUCUUUUUCCCUUCUUUUCCUUUUCCUCUUCUUUUCCUUUUUCUCUUCUUUCCCUUUUCUUUUGCCCCCUUUUUUCCUCCUUUUCUCUUUUUCUUCCUCUUUUACUUUUUCUUUUUCCUCUUCAUUUGCUUUUACCUCCUUUUUUCCUUUUUCUUAUGCAUCCCCUUUCCUUUUUCUUUUUUUUCCUCUUUUCCCUUCUUCCUCCUCCUCUUUUCUGUUCACCUUCUCCCUUUUUUCUCCUCCUUAUAAUAAUUCUUUCUCCUGCUAUUUCUUCACAUUCUUUUCCUUUCUCCUUUUCUUUAUUCUUUCUCAUUCUUCUUCUUUUACCAACUCUUUCAUUUUCUUUCCUCAUCCUUUUCUAAUUCUUUCUCUUUCUGCAUUUUUUCCUUCUCCUUUUUCCCAAAAGAAUGAAAAAUGA